UGGGAUCUGUGCUAUCCCCUCAGACCCUGUGCAGGACAAGAUCCUUGCCCUGGACCUGGUGGUGCGGGAUGAGGACGAGAACAUCCUGGACCCCGACAGGACCAGCGUCGUGAGCCUCUUCCAGGCUCACAGGAGGGCGGCACAGACCCUCAGCCAGCGCCUCCAGGAGGAGACGAGCUCGCAGCAGAGGGCACCAGGCCACGGCACCCACGGGGCUGCUUCGCCCUCCCACAACCUCUACCUGUGCGUGCGGAACUUCGUGUGCCACAUCGGGGAGGAGGCGCAGCUCUUCAUGGCGCUCUACGACCCCGGCGAGCAGCGCAUCAUCAGCGAGAACUACGUGAUCCGCUGGGCCAGCACCGGCGUCCCGCAGGACAUCGAGCUGCUCAACAACCUCAGGGUGGUGUUCACGCCUGUCCCUGCGCCACCAGAGCUGUCAUUGGGCCACCAGAACGUCCCUGGGCCACCCGACCUGUCUCUGGGCCACCAAACUGUCCCUGGGCCACCAAACUGUCCCUGCACCACCAGACUGUCCCUGUGUCCCUGGGCCACCAUCCCCGGGCAGGGGCUCAGCUGGCACUUGGUUCCCCUCACUGCUUGUGCCAGGAACAGGACCACCGGCACCCAGGCCGUGUGGAACUUCCCGCGCACCAAGGAGCAUCACCUGCCGCUGCAGAUCGGGGAGAUGGUGCACAUCCUGCAGGCCUCCGAGGGCUGGUACUGCGGGUACUCGCUCCGGAACAGGGCUGCCCGGGGCAUCUUCCCCGCCUCGCUGAUCCGGCUGAAGGGCACCACGGUGGAGCAGAGGGGGCUGGAGGAGAGCUCGGUGCCCUCCGACAUGCCCAUGGUGCAGGAGAUCACCACCACGCUGCGCGAGUGGGCCACCAUCUGGAAGCAGCUCUACGUGGUGAGGGACGAGGCUCUGGGUGUUGGGGACACCUGGGGACAGGCUGGGGGAGCCCCGGUGACCCCGUGGGUGGCAGCUGAUGGCGAUUUCCUUCACACCAUGAUCCGGAAGGCGGUGGAGGGCAAGGACAUCAACCACAAGGGACAAGGGCUCUGGGUGUCCCUGAAGGUGCUUUGGGGUGACCUGAGCCAGGUGAGGAAGGACCACCCGCACCUGGUGGACCGCAGCACAGCCGUGGCUCGCAAGCUGGGCUACCCGGAGGUCAUAAUGCCAGGUGAUGUCAGGAACGACAUCUACCUGACCCUGGUGCAGGGCGAGUUCGACAAGGGCAGCAAGAAGACGCAGAAGAACGUGGAGGUGACAGUGUGUGUGUGUGACGAGGCAGGAAACGUGGUGCAGAACGUGAUCCACGCGGGAGCAGGGGACAGCCCCAGCAGCCUCUACCGCUCUGUUGUCUACUACCAGCAGCGGCACCAGCGCUGGAUGGAGACCCUCAAGGUCUGGGGACACCGGGGCUGGGCCAAGGACCGGAGCGAGCGGAUUUUCUCCAUGGCCUUUGUGAGGCUGAUGCGCCCCGAUGGCACCACGCUGCGGGACGGGGAGCACGACCUGGUGCUCUACAAGGGGGACAGCAAGAAGCUGGAGGAUGCCAGCGCGUACCUGUCGCUGCCCUGGGAGCGGAACGCGCCCGAGCCGCGGCUCCUCUCGGGCUCCUCCUUCCGAGUGAGCGGGGCCGCGGCCGCCCUGGCCCCGUCCAGCCGGGACAGCUUCCAAAUCUCCACGCUGGUCUGCUCCACCAAGCUGACCCAGAACGUGAACCUGCUGGGGCUGCUCAAGUGGCGCUCCAAGCCCAGCCUGCUCUGUGGGAACCUCCAGAAGCUGAUGAACGUGGAUGGAGGAGAGGUCAUCAAGUUCCUGCAGGACACGCUGGAUGCCCUGUUCUCCAUCAUGAUGGAGCACUCAGACACCGAUGUCUAUGACACCCUCGUGUUUGACGCCCUGGUUUUCAUUGUCAGGCUGGUGGCUGACAGAAAAUUCCAGCAUUUCAACACAGUCCUGGAGGCCUACAUCAGGCAGCACUUCAGCGCCACGUUGGCCUACAA